UCUCGCCUAUUUUAUAAUUGGUUGAAUCUGUUUCUCGGAGAGAAGGGGAGCAUUAUAACUGAUGUUAUGCCAGACGAAGCUCCGGGCCUCUGAAAGCUGUUUUUCACACACAGGCCACUAAAAUAUAUGUAACUGACAAAUGGCUGACAAUUCUCUCUCAUUUUGUUUCCUCCUCAUGCACAUGGCUUCUUGGUUAUCUGUCAUCUCCAUUUUAAUCCCCCCUUUCUUUUUUUAGUUUUCCUUUUCCUUCACUCUCUCAUGCUCUGUUCUCUCUUUCUCUCCUAGCAGUAACCUCCGUUUUUUUUUUUCUGCUCUCAAGGCUUCUGACUCCACAGUUGAAGGGAUUCUUCAGAUCUGCCGGGAAAAAGCCAUUUGCUCACUGUCAUCAGAAAUUCUUCUUCUUUCUGGGUCUUCGGUGGUGGCUGGCUUUUCUCAUUGGAAGCAUAGAGUUGAGAGCCAAACUUGCAUGGAACUCAUCUUCGGCUAACAGGUCGAGGCAGAUUUUCUCCAUUUGUUCUGUUGGGGCCUUGUGUUGGAUACGGAAAGGAAAACCAAGAGUCAGAAUUGGAUGACUAGAAAUGCAAAUGGGACUUCAUUGUAGAUUGCACAAAAGCAACUGGAUGUAAUCGGUCUGUUUUCAUGGUUUGCGAGAUGGAGCAUGACCUCAUGGAGGACAUGGACAUCGAAGUCCUCCCUUCAAUGUGGCCAGAAGAUAUUGGAACUGAUGUUGGGAAACAGUUUAACAUAGAGAAGCCCGGAAGUGACCAGGACAUGUUGGAGGAGGUCACAAUAGUGGAGGAGCCAACUAUAGUGGAUUUCAAGCGUCUCAUGGAGCUCACCAACUAUACAGACAAAGGGUCGUCCCAGUUGACCUAUCUCAUGAAAUACUGGGAGUACAAGCAGGCUAAUGCUGUGCGUCUCCUAAGAGAAGAACUCGACAACCUUAUUAAACAGAGACAGGAGGUUGAGCUGAGGAAGUUAAAGAUAUUGGAAGAGCAUCGAUUUGAGGACAUAAGAUAUGGGCAUGAUAAACGGCCAGUUUCUAUAUUGGAUGAAGUUUAUGACAUAUGGCAAGAUAUACCUCGCAGGAAAAACGAUGUUGUUGUCCAGAACAAGGGUAUUGAAAUAAAUGCUGAGUAUGAUACUGCAGUGUACUGGAAGCAGAGGGCAGUGCAUCUAGAAAAACUGUUGGAGGCAAGUAUACAGAGAGAGCAGACACUUAUGGAGAAGCUGGAAGAAAGCAUAAAGAAUCUUGAAAGGCAGUCCUCGCCUGUAGAAGAACUGUCCCAGAUUCUGAAAAGAGCAGAUAAUUUCUUGCAUUUUAUUCUGCAGAAUGCACCUGUUGUCAUAGGCCAUCAGGACAAAGAGUUGCGCUAUCGCUUCAUCUAUAAUCAUUUCCCAAGUUUACAAGAGGAGGACAUCAUAGGAAGAACAGAUGUGGAAAUUUUCACGGGAUCUGGAGUGAGGGAAUCUCAAGAUUUUAAGAGAGAGGUCUUGGAAAAAGGAUUGCCUGCAAAAAGGGAAAUUACUUUUGAGACAGAACUAUUCGGGUCAAAGACAUUCUUAAUUUAUGUAGAACCUGUCUUUAGCAAGGCAGGAGAGACAAUUGGGAUAAAUUACAUGGGAAUGGAUGUGACAGAUCAGGUGAGAAAAAGAGAAAGGAUGGCACAGAUUAGAGAAGAGAUUGCCGUUCAGAAAGCCAAGGAGACUGAAUUAAAUAAGACCAUUCACAUUACAGAGGAGACUAUGCGAGCAAAACAAAUGCUAGCAACCAUGUCUCAUGAAAUAAGAUCUCCACUGUCUGGUGUUGUUAGCAUGGCUGAAAUUCUCUCUACUACAAAACUUGACAAGGAGCAAAGACAGCUCUUGGAAGUCAUGCUUUCCUCAGGAGACUUGGUUCUACAACUUAUAAAUGACAUAUUGGAUCUUUCCAAGGUUGAGUCAGGAGCAAUGAAGUUGGAAGCUGCCAAAUUCCGUCCAAGAGAGGUAGUAAGGCAUGUGCUCCAGACUGCUGCAGCAUCAUUGCAGAAAAUAUUAACCCUAGAAGGUCAUGUAGCAGAUGAUGUGCCUAUUGAGGUCAUUGGGGAUGUUUUAAGGAUUCGGCAAAUUCUCACAAAUCUUAUAAGCAAUGCAAUCAAGUUUACCCAUGAAGGUAAAGUUGGCAUAAAUCUCUACGUUGUAGCAGAACCGAGUUUUGGAAAAUCGGAAGGUGGUCUCCAGAAGACGAGUGAAGACAAUUCAAAUGCAUCCGUGAAUGUAUUGACAGAAGAGAAAUACUUAUCGUCGUCUCAACAUGGGAGUGAUGAAUGUAGAUCUCCUGUUAAAAGCGAAUGCUCAAGGAAUGGAUAUACAGAGGAGCAACCUCAUUCAACUGAAACUACAGUGUGGAUACGUUGCGAUGUAUACGACACUGGAAUUGGAAUACCAGAAAAUGCAAUUUCUACUUUAUUUAAAAGGUACAUGCAAGUCAGUGCAGACCACGCGCGAAAGUAUGGUGGCACAGGGCUAGGAUUAGCAAUAUGCAAACAACUGGUUGAAUUAAUGGGUGGUCGUCUAACUGUGUCGAGCAAAGAACACUGUGGUUCUACAUUUACGUUCAUACUCCCAUACAAGGUUUCAAUUGCUUGUGAUCAUUCAGAUGACCCUGAUGAGCUCUCAGAUAUGGACAACAACGACGCUGCGUCUGAUUAUACCACAGAAGGAUUUUUCCAAUUCCAACCACGUACACUGGGCUCGCUCUUUUCUUCCAACGGAUCUACCAGAGCCCAAAAGUUGUUACCCCGCAAAAUUGGUCUCAAAAUACCCCAUAACCUAAAUGGGUUUUCAGACAAUUCUUACUUGUUCCCCUCUAACAACAUCAUCUCAAACGGAACAACUUCAGUCGAAGAUGCAAUUCGAGUGACAUUAUCGGACACGCCAGAGAUGUCUGAAUCAGCUAGUUCAUUGAGUCAUAAGCCAGAAACAGAAACGGAAGGUGUAGUUAGCAGAGACGAACAGCGUCAAGAUAACACAUAUGCUCAGCUCCAAGACGUUCCAGCAAGCAGAGAAAUUGGUGUGCCAACAAAGUCAAGCAAAAGCCAGCAAACAAGUGAGACACGAGAGAAGGAUGAUAGAACUUCCCAAUGUGUUACUAGUAGUAGCAGUAAUAGUAUAUCAGCAGUAUCAGAGCCUAAGAUUCUUCUAGUUGAAGAUAACAACGUCAACGUUAUGGUGGCACGCUCGAUGAUGAAGCAGUUAGGUCACAGCAUAGAUGUGGUGAAUAAUGGAGUGGAAGCUGUGCGUGCAGUUCAACGCAGGGGUUAUCAUCUCAUUCUGAUGGAUGUUUGCAUGCCAGUUAUGAAUGGUCUUGAAGCAACAAAAUUGAUUCGCUCUUUUGAGGAAACUGGCAAUUGGGAUGCUGCAACAAAAGCUGGAAUAGAGCCAAGCAUUUCAACUUCAGAUUUGCAGAAACCUGAAUGCUCUUUACCUUCCACCAAGCGAAUGCCAAUUAUAGCAAUGACAGCAAAUGCUUUGUCAGAGAGUGCGGAAGAGUGUUACGCCAACGGAAUGGACUCAUUUGUGUCGAAGCCGGUGACUUUCCAGAAAUUGAAGGAGUGCCUUGAACAAUUCCUACGGUGAUGUCCUUGUAAAUUAUGAUAUGUGUGUAUAAAAUAAAUAAAGAGAGUAGGAAAGUUUUGUAAUGAAUGCAUCAUGUCGUCCUCCAUCACUAGUGUUUAGUAAGUUGAGGUGUAUAGAUCUAAGUUAUUCUUUUCCUCGCCUCCCCUGUAAUUUUAUUAGUUUCGAAGGGAGAGCAAGAAGCCUUUCAGUAGAGUUAGGGCAUAUCUGCAGUACAAGGGAAGGGAAUUUGCAAUCACCAGGUAAAUUCUUCCACAGACAACAAUAGUUCUACUAAUAUAAACGUUUAGCACGUGUA